AUGUCAGAGAAAGCUUGGCGAAAGCCAGCUACAGUCGAGGCUGUGCGCAUGACAGCUCUGCUAAUUUCCACGUUAUUACUUCUGAUUGCUGGGUCCUGCUCAGCGAGCAUUGGGCCUGAAAGAUCAGCAAAUGAAGCUGCUGCCAGAGAUGCCGACACCAUCUACGUAGUGAUAUUCAUUAUCCUGUUCUUCCUUGCAAUGCGCCACGUUAACGACUUCUACACCGGAGAGACUAUAACCCUGGUUGAAGAAGGUGCAACUAGUGGACGAUUCCAUCAUAAGGUCGAGACACGUAUGCUAACUAGCAUCGAGCGGGAUUUCAAUAAUAUGUAUGAGCAGCUCAAGGACAAGGAGGACAUGCGCAUCAAAGCGGAGCAGGCCAUUAAAGAGGAUCAGAUGGAUUCGCACACCACAGUUUGA